AUGACCGACAGGCCGUUUAUACUCCAGGUUCCUCCCACGCAGCAACGCGGCCCCCAGAACAUCGCCGAAUUCGUCGCACGAAUCAAUCCCGAUGCGUUUCGCGUCCUCAAUGAAGCCGAACUCAGGCGCAAGGUCGAGGAAGAAAAGAAUGGCGUCGGCCAGGAUGAAGACGUUGACAUGGAGAGCUCUCCCUCUGACAACGAGGGCGAGCCGGCCGAUGCUAAGGACAUCAUCACCGCCAAGCACGAGAUGCUGCGCGUCAUAGAUCAGACACGCCAGACCACCUUGUAUGCCCUCGACUUCGUCUCCCUCUUGCUGUCCAAGGAGAAUCCAGGCCAGGCCGUUACGACCUUUAGUCCCGGUCUGCGAGAACUAGUUGGCAUCGGUACUCUUGGCGCUACCAUGCUGGACGCCCCGACGCCGCUGACGCAGAGCCGAAUUCCCGACAACAAGCUGGUCACCAUCGGCAAGCGCUUGAUGGACCUGAACAAGGCUGCCGACACCGCCCUUGCUGCCUCCAAGAGACUGCAGAAGGAGAUCGCCGCCGAGACGAAAUAUUGGUCCGAGGUACUGGCUGUCAGAAACGAUGGUUGGCAGACCUCGCGUAUGCCGCGCGAGCCCCAAACCAUGGGCGUCAAGUUCGGCUUCAACAAUGCUGCCCCUGAAUUUAAGGCUGUGAGCAUUGCGCCCAUGAGGCGCGCAGACAAUGGCUCGGUGCUCCUGGACCGCAGCAGCAUUGGACACAAAUCGCAACGAAUUCAGGUUCGCAUCCUCGAGGACGGUCGUAUCGUUGGCAGGUCGUCUUUGCCUUCACCUGUGUCUGCCGAUGCCCCCUUGCAAGACCGCGUAAAGGAAAUGCGAGAUACCAUCUUUGCCCAAGAGUUGUGGCAUGAAAUCAAUCGGGAGGCACGUACAUUACUCAACCAGGGCGUCCAUCUGGAACCCUCGUCUAUCACCUACACUAUGGAUGCCUCAACGACUGUCUCCAUUAGGUUAGCGACCCUUGGCGAGGAAGAAGAAGGUUUGGACGAGCAGCAAGAAGGGCCACAAGACGUGAUGGCCGAGUCGCUGAAUAUAGCCUUAUCCUUACUCCUCAGCCAUGCUCACCGGAUGAACGAGCUACGCCGUUCCGAACCUGGCAUAAACAAGGGUCCGCCUCGCACGUAUCCCAUCCUCCUACCUCUUAUUUCCUAUCACAAAUACAACCAGUCCAUACAAACAUGUCUGCAGACUCUGUCAGCUCACAUUAGCGUCCUUCGGUCUGCAAGCGUGGAUUCUUCCAUGACGGUGAAGGAGCCCCUGCUGAGUUCACCACCUGGUGCCCCUGCCGCCACAUCCCUUUAUACCAUCCUUACCCGGCCACCAGCCGUUCAAUUCGACAUCACCAUCACUCCCGACUCCCGGAUCCGAAUCCUUCUUAAGCCUACACAACUCACUGGUGCCGCAUUCUCUAUCUGCUGCCUACCCGCCCUACACCCAGGCGCACAAAACCCCCUUGCCACCACCUGUCCUCCCAGCACAGAUGAUUACGACAGCCUGACCCAGGUCGUCUCCUAUCUCCAAGCCGCAAUCCCCCGGGCCUUGGCAGCACAUUACGAGGCCGUCUUGGUCGUUGAGGCCACCGUCAACGGCGGCAUGCUCGGGGACCUUCCGCCGUCGCCGUCACGCUGGAUGCCACUUAUCGACGGCAAGGGAAUUGUCGACCCGGAGACCAUGCGCUUCGGCAUCCGUUUCUCCUUCGGGCGCAAUCCGGCCAAAGGUGGCCAACUGGAACUGGGCGCGCAGACCGACUACGUCGAUGGCAGCCGAAAACGUGUGCGGCGCAACUGGAUAUGGCCCGGGGCUCAGAGCUCCCUGGACUCCGUUGCCAAGCAUGUACUGGCGCGUGGACCGCCGGAGGAGUAA